GCCAAAAAAACAAAAAAACAGGGUACGAAGCCAAUUUCUCGGACCCCGGCACGGCCUGUCCGGAGGCACCCGGAGCAAAUGAAGCCGACGCUGAGGCCGAGCCUCACCCGCGCAUGGCCAUGGAUCCUCGCCUCCAACUUCUCCACCUUCUUCUCUCAACUCCCUCCUCCUCCUCCUCCUCUUACUCGUGCUCUCCACAUCACUCCAAUUCGCCACCGUCACAUUCACUCUUCUCUAUCUCCUCCGCCGCCGACGCCGCCGCCGCCGCCGCUAGCUUCUUCUUCUUCCCCUUCGCUGCUCCCACUGUUUCUGAGGCCACCCAAGUACACGACCACCGUCUCGGACCUCCUAGAAUGGCACUCUUGGGCCAAAUCUCUCGCCGCCUCUGUCGGGUCCUCCUUCGAGGACUCCGACAACGGCCCGGACUCCGCUCUCCUCUGUAGGGAGCUCAGCUGGCUGAUGGAAGACGUCCUCGACGGGUUCGACCCUUCAUUGAUGCGCAAAGCCGUCGCGAGCGACGACCCAGAUGUCAUCAUUAGCUUGAAAGCCGAUGUCCAGGAGCUCUACAGCUUAUGGAAGCAGAGGAUCGAGGAGAGAAGGCCUUUUCAGUAUGUAGUCGGGUGCGAGCAUUGGAGGGACUUGAUUCUGUGCGUUCGAGAAGGGGUCUUGAUCCCGAGGCCCGAGACCGAGAUCGUUGUGGAUUUGGUGGUUGAUGUGAUUUCGAAAGACCAAGGAUUGAGAGAGGGUUUGUGGGCUGAUUUGGGAACUGGUAGUGGCGCUAUUGCUAUUGGAAUUGCCAAGAUCUUGGGUAAUUAUGGAAGAGUUAUCGCAACGGAUUUGAGCCCUUUCGCUGUUCCAGUUGCUUCCUUUAAUGUGGAAAGAUAUAGCUUGCAGGACAAAAUUGAGGUGAGGGAAGGUUCUUGGUUGGAACCUUUGAAGGACGUUGAAGGAAAAGUCGCAGGUCUUGUGAGCAAUCCGCCUUAUAUUCCAAGUGUAGACAUAAGUGGCUUACAAGCCGAAGUUGGGAGGCAUGAACCGAGGCUUGCCCUGGAUGGUGGUGCUGAGGGUAUGGAUGAUCUUCUCCAUCUGUGUAAUGGGGCUGCUUCAAUGUUGAAACCUGGUGGUUUCUUUGCUUUUGAGACAAACGGAGAAAAACAGUGCAAGUUUCUUGUAGAUUACAUGCAAAAUCAAUUACCAGGAAGCUUUUGCAAUGUCGAUACAGUAUCUGAUUUUGCUGGUAUUCAGAGAUUUGUUACUGGGUCCCGAAAUCGAUGAUCAGCGAUUGUCCUACUGUAUUUCCAUCCAUCAUUCAGGAAAGAAAGCAAAUAGAUGAGUAUGCGCUUUGAACUUGCUUACUCUCUGGUCAUUGUCUUCUUGUUUUCCUAGCCCCCCAUUUUGCGACACUUGAUCGCUGUUGUGAAUUUGCUUUUGCAAGUGUAGCAUGUCAAUCUUGCCCAUAUGAUAAUUAAUCCCCUAGUUAGCUUUGUGGUUUAACAUACACAAUUAAUUCCACUGUGUAUUAUUUUGGCAAUCAUCACAUUUAUACCUACAGCUAUAAACGGUGUAAUAAUUUCUGUUCUGGCGGUUGCGCAUGUGCAUGUAUGAGAAGCUACUAGCUCAUGGGAAUCGUAGCAUCGGGGGGGCUCGACUGUCUGACCCCUAUUGUCUCAUUAAGUAGAAUUCUAUCCGACGACUUGUUAUGAACAUGCCAAUUAUGCCGUUCGGUGUCAGAUCACUCCAUCUAGGGUCAUCAGCAGCACUAACUCAGCCAUUCGAAAUCAUUUUAACUUGUUUACAUGAUCAUUUAUUAGAAUCUCCCUUUUAAGGUUUUCAGGUGACAAGCUGAUACUUUUUAUCUAUGUAGCAUUGCUGAAGUACAACAAAAUGCCUAUGCUUACUCCCAACUUUUUGAACCAAAGCUGAUCCAUGUUCUUCAUCCAUCGUGCGUGUUGCUGUUCUCAGGGUGGUUUCAAUUUCUUGAGAUGCCUCCAACAUUAAUGAUGCAUCAGCUCCCAAAGCAGUCCCUGCGACAACGUGUGCUGCUGCUUCAUCCAUCUUGUCUUUUAUGCCACUUAUAUAAACUAGAUACACAACCUUAAAGAAAAGCGUGGUCCUACUCCUGUCCUUCAAUUACUAUAGAGGUUUGUUCCAGCGUGAAUAUCGAAAGUAACAACCCUAUCUGGUAAAAGAUGAAAGCAAGGAGGAUGGCAAAUGGCAUUGUGUUUUCUAAAUGUUGGGUAACAACUAACAGGAGGUGUAUCUUUAGAGCAACACAAUUGCAGCUAUUUAAAUUCAGCGAUGAAGAGAUAUAUGACGGCAUGCUCUCCUUGUACUUAAGAAAAUGGACUUCUGACAUGUCCCAGUGAUUCGUGGAUGACAGGGUAGCGCUACGAAUUGUGUAAGGUGUUUGUUAUAUUAAUGAAAGAUCACUGGGUUGCUUGGUGACUUGAUUAUUUAAA